ACGAUAUGGAAGUUCAACCCAGAACAUUAUUCAAGGAGAAAGAGGUCAACUUCGAAGACCUUGAAAAUGUCUUCAGCACCGGUCCAAUAUAUUCCCCUGAGUUCAAAGAUGAAUUGACGAACAGGGAGUCCAGCCAGAAGCACCCUGAUCUAGGGCAAUUUGAUAAAAAUUAAUGUCGAACAAGAACUAAAAGAGAUGAAUGAGAUCUACCAUUGCCUGGCAAAGAAAGAUUCCCAGAAUGAUGAUAUCCCGGAAGACCUCAGAAAAGCAGUUUAUGCAAAAUACGGCAAAGAGCCUGAUAGUGAUGAUGAUGAAGACAUAGAACAAUUCCAGAAGGAUUAUAAAGUUCAUAGCAAUGAGCAAUUCGUCUUAGUGUCCAAGAAUGGAAAGAAAGGCUCUGGACCAAAGGAUCCUAAUGAAGAUUACGAGGGGCAGAACAUCCACCUCAAUAUUCAUGAAGACCACUUUAUUGACCCUUGUGGUAAAAAUGAAGAGAAGAAGGAAGAAAAUGGAGCCGCAGGCACACAACCUGAAGAAGAAGACAAAGGGGAUGAGGUCGAGAAUGACUGAUUCAACAAAGUCUUAGGCCAACCAUCUUUUAAAAGAGAGAAACGUCUCUGAGACAUCGUUGAAGAGGUUACCCUAAAGGACUUCGAAACCAUCAGAUUCCUCGGAAAUGGAGCUUAUGGAAAGGUAAACUUAGUAAAAUGAAAAAUAAAUGAUAAGCAGUAUGCCAUGAAAAUACUAGACAAAGAGAAGAUUUCGAAGAGGGAUAAAGUAGAGAAUGUGUUCAGAGAGAAGGACAUCAUGUUCGAACUUGAUCAUCCAAAUAUAUGCAAACUAGAAUGAGCUUUUCAAAAUGAAUCAUCUCUGUUCUUUGUUCUCGAAUACGCACCCAAUGGUGAUCUCUCUGGUCUCAUCAAGAAGGAAAAGCUAAAAGUUGAAUUAAUUAGAAUCUUUGCUAGUGAGAUUAUAAAUUCUUUGGAGGAAUUAAGAACAAUAAAGGUGGUUCAUAGAGACCUCAAACCUGAAAAUAUUUUACUUGAUCGUAAUUGCCACAUCAAAAUCACCGACUUUGGAGAUUCGAAAAAGAUUGAUAUUGAUAAGGUCCAUAUAAGGCUUCAGAGAGAAAGCUUUAAACCAGAUGUUCCAUACAAUGAAAAUUAUAGUGUGGAUCCAGAAUUUGAAGAGAAUUUUAAUAUAGAACCAAUGAAUUAUGAAGAACCUGAAAAUGAGAAAGAGAAGAACAGAGAAAGAGAUAAUUCCUUUGUAGGAACACCAUUAUAUGUAUCGCCAGAGAUGCUAAAUCAUAACCUUGCUGCAUAUUCUACAGACUUAUGGGCAUUUGGAUGAAUUUUAUACCAAUGAGCUUGCGGAGCUCCACCCUUCAAUGGGUUCACAGAACAACAAAUUUACGAUAAGAUUGUCAACAAGAAAAUAUUCUAUCCAGACUUCUUAGACCCAGUCUUGAAGGAUUUAAUUGACAACUUAAUUCAAGUAGAUCCAAAAGACAGGUUAGGCUCUGCUAUUACUAAAGAUAAUGGAAUCGAUAAACUCAAAGGCCACCCUUUCUUUGAAGGAAUUGACUUUGAGACUGUACACAAAACCACAAUAGAGAUAUCAGAAAAAUACAGAAAAUCUCUGGAAGCAGAGAGUAAAGCUGGUGACCAUCCAUUUAAGAGCUUAAAUACAGUAUCAGGUGACUUUUUCAAUGAUUCAGAUGUCAUUCCUAAAGCUCAAGAAGGAGGACUUAAGCUUCAGAAGAAUUACACAGAGAAUGACAGUAAAGCGAAUCAGCCAAAAAUGCCUGCUCUUAAGACAGCUGAAUCAGCAAAGCUUCCUAUGAUUACUAAGUCUGAUAUCCUUCUUAACUGUAAAGGGGACGUAUACAAACAAUCGAUCGUUGAAAAAUAAGAACAAAUGGACAUUCUACCAAGAUAGGCUCCUCAAAUUAACCAAAGAUUUCAGAUUAAUGUACUUUAAAAAGGAAGUCUACCGAGGAGAUAUCACUCUGUCAAAACAAGUUUCUGUACGAAAAGUCAAGAUCCAUGAAUUCGAGAUAAUAACACCACAUAAGUUGUUCCAUUUCCGAUGCAAGCAAGGUGAUAGCGCAAGCGAGUGGGUCAACCUCAUUAAAGCAGUCAUUAAGGAGAAGAAGAGAAGAGAUAAAGAAGCAGGUAGAAAAUAAAUCUAUC